AUGCAGGAAUCUCCUGGCUCUAUUGGUGUGGAUGGAGGUUAUGCCAGUAAUGUGCCUGCCUUCCUCACCAAACUGUGGACCCUGGUCGAGGACCCGGACACCAACCAUCUCAUCUGCUGGAGUGCUACUGGAACCAGCUUCCAUGUUUUUGACCAGGGCAGGUUUGCCAAGGAGGUGCUGCCAAAGUACUUCAAACAUAACAACAUGGCCAGCUUUGUCCGUCAGCUCAACAUGUAUGGCUUCAGGAAGGUGGUGAACAUAGAGCAGAGUGGCCUGGUGAAGCCAGAGCGAGACGACACAGAGUUCCAGCACCUCUACUUCCUGCAAGGCCACGAACACUUGCUGGAGCACAUCAAGAGGAAGGUCUCAAUUGUGAAAAGUGAAGAGACUAAAGUACGACAGGAGGACUUGAGUAAGCUGCUGUAUGAGGUACAGAUGCUGCGCAGUCAACAAGAGAACAUGGAGUGUCAGAUGCAAGACAUGAAACAGCAGAAUGAGGUGCUGUGGAGAGAGGUGGUCUCACUGAGACAGAACCACACCCAGCAGCAGAAAGUCAUGAACAAGCUGAUUCAGUUCCUAUUCAGCCAGAUGCAGUCAAACACACCCAGCACUGUAGGAAUGAAGAGAAAGCUUCCACUCAUGUUGGAUGUUGGCUCCACCACACCCCCAGCCUCUAAGUUCAGUCAUAGCCACCAAAUGGAGUCCCUGCAUGAGCCCUUCUAUAUCCAAUCGCCAUCUACAGAAACUGCCUCUUGCUCCAAUAGUGCAAUGACAGGAGGACCAAUCAUAUCAGACGUUACGGAAAUGUCACAACCCACCAACAUGGCCAUUCAAAUGCAAACAGAGGAGACAAGGGAUAAGUGUAUGAUGCUGAUCAAAGAGGAACCAGUGAGCCCAGGGGUGCGAGGCCGGGGGGAGGGUGUUCCACUGGGCUCCUGCGAGGUGUGUUCUGAACCCCCUGUCCUCCAUGUUGCCAUGGUACAGUCCGUCCUGGAGGGCAGAGGGUCUGGAGCAGAGAGGAGGAGCAAGAGACCUGCUCUGGAAAGACCAGAAGUACCUGAUGCUGUAGAGAAUGUGGACAUGAGUCUGGAGGACUUGCAGCUUCUCCUGAGGACCCACCAGCAAAGUGUGGAGCCCACCGCUGCUGUCAUAGAUCCAUUCAAUUUCAACCUGCCCAUGAGUGAGUGGAACUUUAAUGAUAUGGAGUCCAACCUAAAAUCAUACAUGUUUCAGAGCCAGGAGGCAGAGGCUUACCCCAACGCUGGAUGUGAGGAACAGUAACGGCUUGACAGAUCAGCUGACACAGGCUAGUCCUGAAAAAUAAAGAAAACAAGACAUUCCUCAAGGCUCUCAGAUGUGUUCCAUCCCCAGUCGUCACGUCUUAGAUCCAGCGCACCUGACCCAAUGUGAGCAGAGCAGGAGGGAUUCCUGUCACUUAGAGCUCUGUGGGCCCACCUUCCAUCCACCAGAGUGUCAGCUCUGGGGAGUUUUUUUCAGAAGCACCAUAUGGCUUUUCAGAGAACCAGAGGUUAAUCUAUUUGGAAUUAUUCAGACCCGGGCAGUUUUCACUUCAAAGGCUGACCCGCAGGACAUCCUGACAUACGCAAUGGCUUCUCUCCUAAAGCUGGACUGAGCUACAUUUGGAGUGCCUGACUGAGGGACUUCAACUCAUGAAAGACCAACCGACCAGUUGAUAUUUCAAGGAUAAAUUCCUAGCACAGAAUUGGAGUACAACCAGCAAGUUCUACUAUUCUCUGCCAUCAUGCCAGUGGUAGUAUGCAAAGUUGCAUUAUACCAAAGUGGCCCAAGUUUGUAAGCACUUUAGUCUGUGUGGGAGAGUUUAUGCUUGUGGCGCUGAUUUAUUUCCCAAAUAGCCCAUUUGUUAUGAAAAUUAUAUUAUUGUGCAAAUACUAUAUUUGUAUUUCAAAAUGAUAUUCAUAAGAUUACAGAAAUAGUGUUCUCUUCUGUAUGUUUUAAUGUGAGAGGUCUAGGAAAUAUUUGAUAGACUUCCCAUUUGAAAAAACAAUGAAGACACCAUACAUUGCUGUUUUGCACAAUUUAUCACAAUUUAUUCUUAAUCACAAUCCAUAUAUUUCCCUUGAAACAGUGCAUUUGUGCACUCCUGUGCACAAUAGUAACUUAGACAAAUUGUUAAAUACUGUGCAUUAGUAAAAUUUAGAACAAGAGGUAGAUGACCCAACUUCAGCUGGAGUUUAGAUAAGAUCAAUGUGUAGACUCACUAAACAGAGAGGAAAGAGAGAUGUACUAGUGUCACUAAA